CGCCUUCGAAGUACCCAGGGCACCGGACGGCUCCGGGGGUGGAGCUCAAGGCCCACCCGGCGCCUCUGCUCUCCUUCCAAGCCGGACAUCGGACGGGCGCGCUUGAGCCAGGGCGCCAUGAGACCCCCGCGCCACUAUCGCCUCUGGCGGCGGCUGCUGCUGCUCUCGACCAUCUGCUCGGGGAUCCUCCUCAUCUUGUACUCCUCAGCGCCCACGUGGCCCUCGGGACCCGGGACCCCAGCCAGGAACACCACUUCAUCCCGAGGACUCUUUGGACUCAGGGCACUUUUUUUUGGAACCAGAAAGAGCCAUACCUGCCAGCGUUCACUCCGCCAGGCCAUCCAGCAACAUCAGCAUUUCAGUCACCUGUUCAACCUCUCGGUUCCCGUGCUGCUAUGGGGAGGCCUCCUCAGCCCCACGCUCUGGGACACACUGAGCCAGCACAGAGCGCCUUACGGCUGGCAGGGCCUCUCCCGCCAAGCCAUCACCUCCACCCUGCAGCUCCUGAACAAUUCUGAGAGCGCAGAGCUGUUGGCCGCCUUCAAGAAGCACCCGCGGUCCUGUAUCCGCUGCGCCGUGGUAGGAAAUGGGGGAAUCCUGAACGGGUCCAGCCAGGGCCGGAACAUUGAUGCACACGACUAUGUGUUCAGACUCAACGGUGCUGUGAUCGAAGGCUUCAAGAAGGACGUGGGUAGCAAGAUCUCCUUCUAUGGCUUCACUGUGAACACCAUGAAGAACUCGCUCAUCACCUACUCGAAACUGGGCUUCACUUCAAUACCCCAAGGACAGGACCUCCGCUAUAUUUUCAUCCCCUCCGACAUGCGCGACUACUUGAUGCUGAGGUCGGCUAUCCUGGGUGUGCCUGUGCCUGAGGGCCGGGAUAAAGCGGACAGGCCUGCCGUCUAUUUCGGACCCGAAACCUCUGCCAGGAAGUUCAAGCUGCUUCAUCCAGCCUUCAUCAGCUACUUGAAGGAGAGGUUUUUGAAAUCACACUUGAUCCACACGAAAUUCAGUAACAUAUACAUGCCUUCGACCGGGGCCAUCAUGCUGAUGACAGCACUGCACACCUGUGACCAGGUCAGUGCCUAUGGGUUUAUCACACACAACUACAAGAAAUACUCUAACCACUAUUACGACCGGAAGAAGAAGCCCCUGAAAUUCUACGCAAACCAUGACCUGCUGCUGGAAGCCUCCCUGUGGAGGGACCUGCACAAGGCAGGCAUCCUGUGGCUGUACCGGCGCUGAUCCCACAGCACGCAGUGUGGCCACAAGCCCUUCACUGCGCCCUUCAACCCCAGAGUGCAACCUUUAGCUCCCUUGACCAUCUCCUGUCGGAAGGCACACUGUUCACCCGUGCUGUGCAGGAUACCCAAUCCGACUGCCAAUUCAUCCAAGGAAAAUCUGUGGAUCUGAGACACCUCGGCCUUGGCCAAGGAAGAGGGGAACCACCCUGUUUGAUCUUUCUACUCUCCUUCCCAUGAGGUACACCUGGCGAGGGGCAGGUGAGCCUUAGAGCAGGGCAUCGUCCGGCUAGCACUGGUGCCUACAGGAAUGUCAAUGGGACAACACAGCCUGUGGACCACUAUCGUAGCCGACACUCCCCACACACAGCCCCCACAGGAAGCUCACCAACUUUAAGAAAACCUUAAGAACCUUCAACAACUUUACUUCUGCUCCUCGAAACCAGAUACAGUGGGCUAAGCAGAGGCAGAGCGUUAUCUGAGGUGUUUAAUAAAGCAUGGAUGA